AUGUCAUCGCCUCCCAGAGACUCUGAGCGCCUCCGCCGCAAGCGCGGCUCCAUCCCCUCCAUGGAGGCCCUCGGCGACGACUCGCUCAAGGACCAGUCCCUCUCCAUCGUCGUCGUCGGUGCCUCUGGUGACCUCGCCUCCAAGAAGACCUUCCCCGCCCUCUUCGGUCUCUUCCGCCGCGACCUCCUCCCCAAGGACGUCGCCAUCAUCGGCUACGCCCGUACCGACAUGGACGACGAAAAGUUCCACAAGAAGGCUCUCGCGCACAUUGACACCAAGAAGUACCCCGAAGAGUCCAAGAAGUUCACCAAGAUUCUCUCCUACAUCCACGGCCCCUACGACAAGGACGAGGGCUACCAGAAGCUCGAGGCGCACAUUGACGAGAUUGAGAACAAGCGCCCCGACAACGAGCCUCGCAACCGUCUCUUCUACCUCGCCGUCCCUCCCACCGUCUUUGCGGAUGCCGCUGCUGGCCUGAAGCGCAACUGCUACUGGAGGAAGGGAAGGAACCGCAUCAUCAUCGAGAAGCCCUUCGGAAAGGACCUCGAGACCUGCCGCGAGCUCCUCUCGUCCCUCAAGGGCGAGUGGUCCGAGGACGAGACGUACCGUAUCGACCACUACCUCGGCAAGGAGAUGGUCAAGAACCUUCUCGUGCUCCGCUUCGGUAACAUUGUCCUCGACGCUACUCUUAACAAGAACAAUGUUUCCAACGUCCAGAUCACCUUCAAGGAGUCGUUCGGAACUGAGGGCCGUGGUGGCUACUUUGACGAGUUCGGUAUCAUCCGUGACGUCUGCCAGAACCACCUGCUCCAGACCCUCUCGGUCCUGGCCAUGGAGCGCCCCGUGUCCUUCGCCGCCGAGGACAUCCGUGACGAGAAGGUCAAGGUUCUCCGUUGCAUCCCGCCCAUCAAGGCCGAGGACUGCCUGCUCGGCCAGUACGUUGCUGCCGACGGCAAGCCCGGCUACAAGGACGACGACACUGUCCCCGACGACUCGAACACCCCGACCUACGCUGGUCUCGCCCUCUUCAUCAACAACCCCCGUUGGGAGGGUGUCCCCUUCAUCAUGAAGGCCGGCAAGGCGCUGAACGAGUCCAAGGUCGAGAUCCGUGUCCAGUUCAAGGACGUCACCAGCGGUAUCUUCACCGACAUUGCGCGCAACGAGCUCGUCAUGCGCAUCCAGCCCGACGAGGUCAUCUACAUGAAGCUCAACUCGAAGCUGCCCGGUUUCGAGACCAAGGCGAUCCCCGUCGAGCUCAACCUGACGUACAAGGACCGCUUCACGGAUGUUGACAUCCCCACGGCGUACGAGGCGCUCAUCCACGAUGCGAUCAAGGGCGACCGCUCCAACUUCGUCCGUGACGACGAGCUCGACGUUGCGUGGAAGAUCUUCACCCCGCUCCUGCACUGGAUCGACGGCAAGGGCCCCGGCCCCAAGCCCCAGCCCGAGGCGUACCCCUACGGCGCGCGCGGACCUAAGGAUUCCGCCGCGUUCUCGGCCAAGUACGGCUACAAGCGCCCCGACGACGACUACACCUGGCCGACCACGAGCGUGCAGGCCAACCUCUAG